UUUCGUUUUAGCUUGUGGAAUGCCGGCGUUCCGGUGUAAACGUGGAGCUUCCCUAAAGUGAGAUGCGAGAUACUUCUCUCAGUUCCCAGCAGCCCGGAACCACCGAUCGGAGUACCGAGUUUCCUGAGUGCCCUCAUUUACUACCACUUCCGCCUACGGGUCUGGAAUACCCGAGGCUCUCCGGUGGCGAACGGCCGGAAAGGCACUUCCGGUAUCUGUUGCCAAGGCGCCGGCCCGCUGGGCCUAAGGAAGCGACAUUGUUGGCGGCGUCCUCUCCCCCCAUUCUGGGGGUCGAGAUGACGGGGCUCAGCUACACGGAGAUGGAGGGCUGUCGUAACCUGCUCAGCCUAUUGGACAACGAUGAGAUCAUGGCCCUGUGCGACACUAUCACCAACCGUCUGGUGCAGCCUGAGGACCGCCAAGAUGCCAUUCGUGCAAUAUUAGUCUACAGUCAAAGUGUAGAAGAACUUCUGAGGCGAAGAAAAGUCCACCGAGAAGUCAUAUUUAAAUACUUGGCAACACAGGGUGUUAUUAUACCUCCAGCUACUGAAAAACACAAUCUUAUUCAGCAUGCAAAGGAUUACUGGAAAAAGCAGUUACAACCAAAAUUGAAGGAAACGCCAGAGCCAGUUAAGACAGAGGACAUUAGACCCUCUGAACAGCAGGAGAAAGAAGAAAAAAAUGCCGAAAAGGUUGAUUUUCGUCGAUUAGGUGAAGAAUUCUGUCAGUGGUUCUUUGAACUUCUGAAUUCUCAGAAUCCUCUUCUGGGACCACCUCAAGAUGAAUGGGGGCCACAGCACUUCUGGCACGAUGUCAAGCUUAGGUUUUAUUACAACACAUCUGAACAAAAUGUGAUAGACUACUAUGGAGCAGAAAUUGUGAGCCUUCGUCUGCUGUCACUAGUGAAAGAGGAAUAUCUUUUUCUCAGUCCCAACCUAGAUUCCCAUGGACUAAAAUGUGCUGCUUCUCCCCAUGGUCUCGUUAUGGUCGGAGUCGCUGGGACUGUCCACCGAGGAAACACUUGUUUGGGCAUUUUUGAACAAAUUUUUGGACUCAUCCGCUGCCCUUUUGUGGAGAAUACUUGGAAAAUCAAAUUUAUCAACCUGAGGAUUAUAGGAGAGAGUUCCCUUGCUCCUGGAACAUUAAUGAAACCGGCUAUUACAUUUGAACCAAGUGACCUAGAAGCCUUUUAUAAUAUAAACACUUUAUGUGGUCCAGUGAAGUACAACUCCAUGUAAGGCAGGCACUGGACAGUGGGAUUGGAGACCAAGAUUCAUCUAGUGGAAGUUAGGCACUGUUGAACAAAAGAGAACUAAUUUUACCUCACCCUUGAAGCACUGAGUACAAUGUCAGUCUGAAAAAUCUUCUAUACGGAAAUUCAUCCAAAUACUACAUCAGUAAUGUCUAAGUGAUUUCAUAUUGGGGGGUUGACAUAUUUUAGUUGAAAUGUCUUUCUUGACUACAAGCUAACACAUUAUGUGAACACUUCCCUCUUUUCUACUUGAGUCGCAGCAGAUAUUCUGAAAAUUUCAUGCAAUUCGUCAAAUAAAUCCCACUUCAGAUGUUGUAACUAACAGUGUGCCUUCGAAAUCAGUUAAUAUUUUCACUUAGUGGGUAUUCUGCUGCUAUCUGUACUUUUCAUGUGGGGGAAAAAUUAAUAGUGUUCAAGGCUUCCCCUUUAAGUUUUUCAGUUACUUUUGUCUAAAUCUAAGUAAUUUUACAAGUACAUCUUAAUGACAGUAUUGCUUUAAAAAGAAGUACAUAUUUUAGAGAUGUUUAAAGUCAGGGUGUUUUUUAGAAACUUGAAUGACAUUCUCAUAGAAAAAGUACAGAAAUUUAGCUGGUGGAGAAAAAUUUAAUUUGCUUUUUAAAAUAUUUAAUGAACGUUUUUCAGAGUUAUCUAUUGUCCAAGCAAAAUAUCUUAUAAUAUGCAAUGUUUUUUGAAGUAUUUUGGGUAAUAAGUGCUUUUCUUAAAACAGACGUUUUUCUUUAAGCUUUCAGCUAACAGUUUUAUAGAGCAUUGAUUAUACUAUUGAAAUUUUUUAAAAGGUAUACCCAGUUUCUAAUUUAAAUGAAUUUUUUUCUCUUGAAUGAUCUUAGGUGACCAGUACCCCAAAUUAAACAUAUGUUGAGAUAUAUUCUCACAUCAUAAAUUAAAAUUGUUAGGAUUUUUGCACUUCUAAUUUGUUUUACUAGAUUUGAGUUACAAGAUUAGAUUGCCAGAUUACACACUUGCUUUAAAGUUUAAAUUCCUUAUCACCUAGCAGCUGCUUGCUGAAUCUGAAUUUAUUUAAUAAUUUUAAUUUACGGAAAUGUCAUUUGGAAAAAAUUCAGCUGGGAAAUGUUGUGAUGAGGUGCUUGUACAUAUUAUUUUUUUUUUUAACUUUAACUCAGCUCAUGAUCAUCUAAGGUGACUUACAAAAUUUUGGAAACAGGAGGAAAAGAAUGAUCUUUGUAAAUUUUUUUUAGUGCCAUGCCUCUUAUGAAGAGUACAAAUUGAUACAUGCCCAAAUAAGAACUUAAUAAGGGAAAUCCCUUUAGUCUGCUGUAAGAAUAGUGCUUUGUUUAGGUUUUUUUUUGUUGUUGUUCUUUAAGUUUGCAGUAUCAUUUUAACAUGUAAUUGAUAGAUAUCCUUAGUAAAGGAUAAAAUUUAAAAUUAUUCACAUUUUCUUUGCUCUAUUGCUGUCAAAUACUGUAGAAAUGAUACCAAAGGAAGAUGCUCAGGAUGGGUAGAAAUUACCUGUAGGUAUGUUCAGUAUUGAAUUUUUGAAUGUGUAAUGUUCAAGUUAGGCUGCAAUCUGCAUGUCCCUUCAGUCACCCUUUAAAAAUGUGAAAUCUUUCUGAUGUACUAAAUGAGAAUUCCCCUAGAGAAGGAAAUGGCAACUCUAGUAUUCUUGCCUGGAGCAUCCUAUGGACAGAGGAGCUUGGUGGACUACUGUUCAUGGAGUCACACAGAAUUGGACACAACUGAGUGACUAAGCACAAUUGAGAAUUAGAGCUAUAUUUUAUUUCCUUUGAAUCCCCACAGCUGGCUACACAGUGGGACCUAAUGUCCAAGUGAAUGGGUGAAUGAAUGAGUAAAAGACACUUAACCUACUAUAUAAAAGACUUCUUUUGCAUCUA